UUAUCCCAAGUUUAUCCCUCAAGUAUGGUGAUCACUGAGUCUAUGAAGAGACGUGUUGGCGCCCACUUUGUUGUUGGGUUUCACGGAGAAACUGUGUCUGCAGACAUCAAGUCAUUGAUCCAAAGAUAUUUCGUUGGCGCAGUUAUUCUCUUCAAACGCAAUGUCGUUGAUGGAGGUCAGACACGAGCUCUGAUUAACGAACUUCAGUCUUUAGCUCGCGAUGCUGGCCAUGAGCGGCCCCUUCUGAUUGGGAUUGACCAAGAAAAUGGUCUUGUCUCUGCCUUUGGGCGACCUGACGCCGGUACCCAAUUCCCCGGUGCGAUGGCGCUAGCUGCAGCCGGGUCACCCGAGCUUGCCCGUCAAGUUGCUUUUCUUACGGGCAAAGAACUGAAACUAGUCGGCAUUAACUGGGUCUAUAGCCCUGUCGCUGAUGUGAAUAAUAAUCCAAGAAACCCAGUUAUCGGUGUUCGAUCUUACGGUGAUGAUCCCAGCAAAGUCUCCAAUUAUGUCUCCGCCGUAGCUCAAGGUCUGACGGAUGCCGGAGUCGCGCCCUGCGCUAAACACUUCCCCGGCCAUGGUGACACAGCAGUGGACUCUCAUCUUGCGUUGCCGGUGAUCAACAAGUCGCGAGCUGAGAUAGACGGUAUUGAACUGCCACCAUUCAAGGCUCUCAUUUCGCAAGAUGUCGCUAGUGUCAUGACGGGACACAUGGCUUUCCCAAAGCUUACUUCAUCCGAUUCGCCUUGUUCCUUGUCGCGGGCCGUCACCACUGACUUGUUGCGGACUGAGAUGGGCUUUCGUGGAUUGAUCGUAACUGAUUGCCUCGAAAUGGAUGCCAUUUCCGACCAAGUCCAAGGAGGCUGUGGAGUAGAAGAAGGCGCAGUGCGAGCUCUCGUGGCUGGUGCCGACAUUGUUAUGAUUUGUCAUACGAUUGGUUGGCAGACCGGUGCAAUCCUCAAGGCGUAUGAAGCGAUCCAAUCAGGCAGGGUUACACUGGACGAAAGCAGAAUCAACACUUUGAAGGACAACUUCAUUGGUGGAUGGGAUUCUCUUCCCUCCGCCACCAACGAUGCUGCAUUCGCAGAUCAAUGGCGAGCACUGAAGAGCGAGAGCGCCGCACUAAGUAAAAAAGCCUAUUCUCUGUCAACUGCACUGCUCAACGCCUCGAACUAUGCGCCUCUUGCAUCCGGAAAGCCAGUGAUUCUUUAUACGCCACUCAUAGAGAGUCUUAACAAAGCUGUUGACGAGGAGACGGAUGGUGUGUUGCUGACAAAGGAGGGCAAACUGCGCAAUACAGCAGGGCCAUCCUUCAUGUCUUUCGCUUCUUCCAUUGCCAAGCGAGCCCCAUGCACACAUAUGGUCUAUGAACCUCAAGCUUCACUCAGUGUUCCCGACGACUGUGUCGCAGUGGUGUUUUCGCUCAGAAACGCAGAUCGUUGGCAAUGGCAGCUGGACUCGUUGGGUCGACUAUCUCAGUCAACAAAGAAACCCAUCGUGGUUGUCGGCAGUUGUGCACCAUAUGAAGCGGGGAAUGUCAAACACUAUCCUUACGUUGCAUGUUUCGAGUAUACCUCACCCGCCUUGGAGAAUGCGGCAAGCGUCAUUUUUGGCGAAACGGCGGCCUUAGGAAGCGUACCUGUAGUCAUUUGA